AUGACAUUAAUUGAUGUAACAGACUUUGUCAAUACGGGUGGUCACUUGAAGAAGGAAGACUUUGGUACCGUGGAAACUGACCUCAUGUGCUGGGGUCUUUGUCGAUUCUGCUUCAACUGGGAGACCAACCUAGAUGAUUGUGUAAACCAAUUAGCUCGCGAAGUCUUCUGGAUCUCCUUUUUCCGUGCGAUCAAGUUACGUCCUUAUAAAUACACGAUCAGCCAACACGUUCUCACCCGCGAAAUUGUCAUCCCGGUAUUGUUGAAUGAGUUCAAUAACCUCUCUUCAAGGUACCGUUUUCAGUGCAGUAGCGUGGAAGUGUUGGAAUACCAUGACAUGGUACAUGAAAAAGCGGCCAUAAUUUUGAGUUCCAAUAUUAUAAUGGGUGUACAUGAAGCGAUUGUUGCGGUGUUCCAGCCAAGAAACUGUUUUAUUAUGGGCAGUAUGUCUAAAGUCAAGAUGAUAGUCGGUGAUGUGAUGGUGGAUCAGGUGCAUGUGGUCAUACCUCGAUGGUGGUCGGACAAGGCAGUUCGUUUCAUGAGAGUGAUUGAAGGUCGGAUUCAGGCUUUCUCCAACAUUAAACAUACAUUUCCUGGAACCGCUCGUGUGGCUCGUAAAUAUGUCACCAACAACUCGAAUGAAUACGGUGUCGUACCCCGUCAUCUUCCAGCCGACUUAUAUAGUGAAGAUUUCAAGAACAAUUUAUUACCUAGCGAGCUUGUGGAACUCAAGAUGAAACCAACCGUACUACCUGAUAGCAAUCAGAUGGGAUGCAUUUUUCCUAUGGAUGAAGACGAAUUCUUUCACCAUGAAUCCAACUCCGUGGAGAACGAGUAUUACUCAAGCGACAACAAUGAUUCAUCUGAUGAACUGGAUGAGACCAAAACCGACCUUAUGCUAAAUACUACUCAGGGAGAAACUUGUGAGAUCAAGCGGGUCGAAAUGCUUAUUCAAACUCAAAUCUCCAAUUUACACAAGAAGAUAGAUAACACGAUCGAGAGUUUCACUGAAUUUCAAAGUGUUGUACGUAACAGCCUACCCUUGCACUUGGCGGAACUAGACAAAGCCAGAGAAGACAUCACCAAUGUCAACAGAAGCCUUGAUGAAUUAAGAGCUGACUUAAUAUCCGCUGGUUUGGUCACUAAUUCGGCAAAAGCCAAUGUGACUACCAAUGUUGAAACUGUCUUGUAA